AUGGAAACUAUUUUUUCCUGCUUGAUGGCUAGAAUACAUUUUUUUAUAAUAUCUAAUAAAAGUCAUUCCAUGAAUUUUUUAUCAUCAAUAAACAAUUCUUGGAAAUCUCUUGUAAAUAUUGUUAAUAUUGAGUAUAUUGAUAAAAUAUAUAACAAUAUUUUUAGGAUUAAUUUGAAUUGGAAAUCUGAAUUAUUUAUAUAUGAUUUGAGAAUAUAA